AUGAAUCUUAAAUUGAGGAUAGAUGAUGACGAUGAUAGUGACGACGACAUCGACGACGACAUCGACGAAGCUGCUGCUGCUGCUGCUGCUGCCGCCGCCGCCGUGUUGUUGCUGGGCGGGCUAGAAAUCUGGGGAGUGCACAUGGGAAGCAAGGUACCGUUUGUCUUGGUGGUCGGCGCUGUUCUAGCCCGCCAGAGAUUUUUCAAACAUUUUGAGAGAGAUGGAAAUGUCAUGAAUUGCAAACCUGCUACAGAGUACCUGCGAGAAGUUUCCCUUCCAUGUCAGGUACUGAAGGUGCUGCAGAGUUCGGCUCCCGGAAAAUUGCACCUGACUGCAGGAAUGGAAGGUCCGGAACUGAAGUUGAAGGUUCCUGUGUGACUGUGUGACCUUCUGUUCG